CUUUCCUUAAUGCAGAGGUAGAACCUGCUUUUGGUAAAUACGAGGCUACCCACAGUGGCAAAGAAGAGACAGAACAGGAAAGAACUUCGGAGAUGUAGCUGUGUGCUAUAAAGAGAACCUGCAAAUUCAGCUGCUAACAGUUGACUUACCAGUACUGGCUGGAAGCCAUCUUUAUGAAGGUCAUGCUGAAGUCAAAUGAGUCCCUACUACUUUGCGCUUACUACAGGCCGCAGUGGCAAGGCAGGGCACCGAUGGAUUUCCGAACGGAAAAUUUAGACGUCCUUCAGGUUCGAACAACUGUCAGCACCUUUUAAUAAUUGGGGACCUUAAUCACCAUCUCAUUCAGUCAGCACAUGAGGACCUUCUUGCAGUCCAUGGGCUGACAGAUUACGUCGAUUUCCUGAUGCACAUCCUCGAUCAACUUUGCCUCGCCCCUGCAGCUGACGAAAGGAGACAGAAAAAUAUGGCUUUGGAACCAUGCAAGCUGGCCAAGUAUGAAGGCAGAACUUCAGUCGCAAGACUGGGAUGUUCUCCUGAUGGGGAAUGCAAACAACAAAGCAUCCUCCACCACCAACCUCCUCGCUUAAGUGCAAGAGAAAUACGUCCCUUCACGGACAUACAUCACAAAACCAGGGGACCAAGCUUGGUUUGGCUACAGGUGUCAUCAAGCGUCGAAAAAGAAAUACAGAUUGUGGCAAAGGUACAAAGAUACAUUACAAAUAUAUAGAUAUAGACAUUAUAUAUAUAUACAUGUAUAUAUAUAUAUAGAUAUAUACAUUACAUAUAUACAUAUAUAUAUACAUUAUAUAUUUUGCACUACCU